AAGAGCUUUGCCUACGCACAACAUGGAGGCUUACUACAGAAUCGCCUUACUUAUCGCUUAUUGCGCUGUAUGUAGUGCUAGCAUAACGACGAAAGAAGUAAGAACGGGGUCGUUGCUCUUCCCAGAGAAGAUUAUAGGUGGAGUGAUAGAGAUGGUGCACAGUCACAAGAGCAAACCGACCACGCAGGCCCCCUACACACAGCCCCCCACCUAUCCCCAGCAGUACCCGCAGUACCAGCAAUGGAACGGCCAGGGGAAUUACCAAAACCCUGGCUACUCUCAGUACCAAGGACAGUAUCAAGGCCAGACACAGUACUACGCACCACAAAACGGUUACCAAGGUUACCAAAAUGGGGGCAGUUACUCUGGUCCUUCGAGCCAGACAUAUCCCACCAAUCAGGGUUUCAGCAACACUCAAGGCCAGAAUCAAAACCAAUAUCAGUCAAACUACCAACAGCCUACUGGGAAUUAUCAGCAAACCCAGCAGUUCCAGUCACAGCAAGGACAAUACCAGGGUCAGCCUGGAUACUACGGACAGAACGGUCAGUCAACGCAAGGUUCCCAAAUAUCUGGGCCGAGUGGAGUAGGUGGGCAAGGGUUCCAAGCUUCAGGAGGUAAUCACGUGAGCGGCAGCAGUCCAGGACCCACGUGCGUGUGUCAGGCGUGGACAAAGCCGCAACACGAUGAAUUAAAAGACGAUACCGCGCCGCAGAAGACGGAAAAAAAUCAAUGAUCUAAUGAAUAAAGGAUUGUUAGAUCAGUAUAUUGUGCUUAUUAUGCCAUAUUUUAUAAUAUUUAUUGUAACUUAAUUAAUGAUGUAUUAAAAAUCAAUGGAAUAUUGAAA